UUAAACGCAAGAGGAUGCCAGGCGCGCACACAGGUUUCCCACUGCAUGUUGGCUUAGCCUUCCCCAAAGGAUGACUAAGGACGGCUGUGAUUAUCUAGUGAGCUUGCAGACCACAACUGGAGAGAUGCAGGGCGCAAACGUCUCCAAACCACCGUGCGACGGCACCAGCUGUGGAUCUGUAUCAGUGGGUUUUCCUAUAACCAUGAUGAUCACUGGCAUGGUGGGCAACACAUUAGCUCUUAUUCUGGUGUGUAUCUCUUACAGAAAGAAGGAAAAUAAAAGGAAAAGGUCGUUCUUACUUUGCAUCGGAUCUCUGGCGUUAACUGACCUGUUCGGACAGCUUUUGACAAGUCCAAUAGUAAUAUCAGUCUACCGAGCUGGUAAGAAUUGGAAGACUAUCGACCCAUCCGGACAUUUAUGCGCUUUUUUCGGUGUGUGCAUGACAACUUUUGGCCUGUGCGCUCUCUUCUUGGCCAGUGCCAUGGCAAUUGAAAGGGCCAUGGCGAUAACAAACCCCCACUGGUACUCCAACCACAUGAAGACAAGUGUGACAAAGCAGACUUUGGUUGUCAUUUGGUGUCUGGUGUUGCUCUUUGCGCUGCUGCCCAUUGCAGGGGUCGGGGAAUACACACAGCAGUGGCCGGGCACCUGGUGCUUCAUCAGCACUGGGGACAGAGAUGUCUGGGGCAAUAUGUUUUUCUCCAUCACUUUCGCUGCACUUGGGAUUUUCUCUCUGCUUGUAACACUUUCCUGCAAUGUAGUGACCAUCCGGGGCUUAAUUAUCCGCUGUAAAACAAAGUCUGGCACGUCUCAGUCCUCAAAACAGUGGGAACGGCUCACCACGGAGACCGUCGUUCAGCUGUUAGGGAUUAUGUGCGUCCUCCUUAUAUGCUGGUCUCCUCUGCUGGGUCUGAUGCUGAGGAUGAUCUCUACCCAGGUAUCCUCCCACAUGUGCAAUUCAACAGCAACAACCUCCAAUCACACCUCGAGCCAGGAUGUCCAUUUGGACUGUAACUUCUUCCUGACAGCGAUCCGCUUGGCCUCCCUCAACCAGAUCCUGGACCCGUGGGUCUAUCUGCUCUUUAGGGAGAUCCUCCUUCGCAAGUUCUGCAUCGUGGCUAACGCAGUGUCCAACUGCUCCAUAGAGGAUCAGAAGGAGCCCCAGGCGGCUCUGGAUGCUCUUAACAAGCAGAACCACGACGGCAACAACCUUAAACCACAAAGUAGCUAAGUUGAGCUUUUACAGGUAUUGCUAUCUUGUGACUUUGAAGCCAGAUUGGAUGGAUGUUAAAAUGGAUAAAGUAUGGUCUUGGAUGUGGAAAAAAAUGUGGAUUUUUCCAUGUCCACUACAGAAGGACAUUGUGCAAUGGGAGACAAGAGUAGUCUCUAUUGUACUGGUAAUGAGAACCAGCUGAGUCUGUUCUGGGUGCUUUUGUUUUGCAUAAAACACAUUUAAAGUCACCUAACCAGCAUUUGGAUGCAUGACCGUGUCACCACUCGCACUUGGCUGCAGCGUGGCUGCCAGGAACUCUCUCAUUGCUAGUUUUAAGUUUAAAUAACAACAUCUCCAAGGGCCAAGAACUGAAUAUGCGUGACUCUAAACUGACUUAUAUGGAAGAAGUGCAUCUUUGAGUCAUUGCUUUCAACAACUUGAAGCCAUAAUCUAACUAAAGGACAAAUGUUUUUUGUGAAUGUUCGUAAAUUAAGAAACUGUAAAUUGCUUAUAUUAAGUUGUAAAUAGCUUUUCCGUGUGUUACAUGAAAUGUAAUAUCUUUGUUUAAAAAGAGAUGGGUGAUCAUUUAGAAGAAAAAUGUAAAUCCUAAACUGGAGCCAAUUGUUGAUUGUAAGCUUAUUUAUUAGUGUUUGUCGUUAUAUGAAAUUGGUUUUUCUGUGCUGAAUGCUGAUGAAGGGUAUCAGUUGUUGUAAAUGUUAUAAUAUACUGUAUGUGGUGUUCGUUGAAUAACAAGCAAAGACUCUGAAAUGUGAAGCUUUUAGUUUGUUGCCACUUUUCCUCCUGAAUAUGAAUGCACUGGUAAACUGUUGUGCAAUUAAUUUCACAGUAAUUUCCUUUUCAGAAUAAAAGAAAAGAUAAGAGAAUAGGCCUCUCUCUCAUCAAAGUGUGUGAGAGAAAGAACUGUAGAUCUGUGCUGUUCAACAUUAUGAGAUUAUGGAUGACAGGUUGGUCUGUUUCUGUAGUUACAAGGCUCUAGCUAUCACUGUCAUUACUAUUGCAUUGGAUUAAAAGUAUUCUUAUUCUGUGAACACACAGUGUGUAAUUAUAAGCAUCCCUAAUUUCACCAGCCAGAUCUUUUUGGAGGAAAAGAAAAAUGAUUGGUGCUUUUGACCAGUUACAUAAGUAGAGAGAGGUUUCUUGGAUACAAGGCUGAUGAGUAGAGAUAUAAUGGAAUGAAGAAAGUCAUGUUCAAGCUGCCCAAAACACAGACACCACAGAACUUAAAAGAUUAAAGAUCUUGUUGGCCAAAUUUAUUACACCCAAUGUGCUGUGGUUCACAAGCUUCCACCAGUGUGUAGUGUGCAGGUCUCAUUAUUAAUUCAUUCUACUGGGUGUUUUAGACAUGUUUUCUUGCUACAUGAAUUCAUGCUUUUAAUUCUGUGGCAAUUGCUUUGGACACUUUGAACGUAUUCUGCCAUUUUUCUUCUUAUUGGCCAAAUUGUAUCCUUGUAGUGCUGAUGUUACCUCUAAAUGGAAGUAAAUGUUGGUGUACAGUGCAAUUUCUCAGAGGCCUCAAAUGAAGAGUGAAGGAACUUUUUCAGUGAGGUGGUUUGAUGUUAUCUACGUUGCAUAACAUCAUCUAAUUGUCGUCCAUAGGCCUGUUGUAAAUGUAUUCCAAGAGGUCCGGCAUCUCAGUCAAACACAUCUCAAGGAUGGAUGCUUUUGCUGUCAUGGUAACCCUCAGGUUGUGGGACAAUUUCUCACACCAACGCCACAACUCUGCCUUCUCAUCAAGCAACUACGUACACUCUGCUCUGCCCGGUCUUGCCUUUUGCCUUUCAAAUGUGAGAAUACAAGCUCACUGAUAAUGACCCUAUAGGAAACUGCUAUGUGCUAAAGCCAUGUGAAAAAUGAAUAUUUACUGUUUCCAUGUAACGUGAUUGUGAAGCCGGUCUGCCUUAGUAUUCCACCCAAACUAUUAACAUCGGUGAGUGAAAACAAGGACGAUAUUAUGCGUGUUGUUCAGAAACCAACAAUUUUGCAUUAUUUAUAUUUUCUGGAGUUUAUUGCCAGCUAUGAAUGUGCAGGGUGCUUUACAUAUGGUACCUUGCUUGUUAACGUGAAAACACAAAUGUAUUCAGUUUCAUUAAUGUCUAAGUGCUAUCACACUGACAUGAGGGGCGUUCAUUUUAAUGACUGCUGCUCUAAUUGAGCUUGUGGCUCUGCAUUAUGAGCUUUUAUUCCAAGCAUAUGUUCACCUCGUGCAGCAGUUAAUAUACACCUCAAAAGUAACAUCUGCGGUUUAAUCCAUGCAUUUAAAGCAAUGAUUGUGUUUAUUCUCAAGCUGCAGUGGGAUGAGGGAGGUUUUACCGUUGACCCAAUCGGCCUCCAAUCUGCGUCAUGUGAUUAUCUCCAUUCUCUGUCCAGGAGACUCUGAAGCUUCCAGCUCUUCAGUAAAGAAACAAUGAUUACACAAGGGAAUAUGCCCUUAAAGCUAACUGGCCUUACAUGUGGUUGCGAAUUUUACAGGGUCUUAUAUCCCACCCAACCCCCACUGUGGAAAGGAAGAUAGCAGAAUAAUAAUUAAUUCUUUGUAAAUAGAAAACACGAUACAUUUCAACCCUCCUUGAUGGCCCCAUUUAAAGCCUAUAAUGUUUGCCAGGAGUGCUUUCUGUAAUAUUACAGUGCUUUUACCGUUAUGAAUGUUCAUUAGUACCAGGAGAGUUAUGGAAAUAUCUGUAUACUCCAGUUUAUUGGUCCACAGGGCAUAAUCUUCAAAGGCAAUGAUAGUUAAUGUCUGUCAGAAUCUAAUUAGCUUUCUGCUACAAACAUGCUAUCACAUAUCAAAAUUACACACAAGUCUCUUUUAGAAAUUAUUCUAUGAAUUAAAUCUUCGACUGUCAGGACUCUUAAGUUUGGUUUGCUCACCUGUUUGAGAGGUGUUUAUUUGUGUAGGGGGAAAAGCCAUUUCAGCUGGCAAUAACAAACGAGAGUCCUGCACCAGCAUCGAAGGGAGUGUACAAUUACAUAAUGAUUUGAAACAGGCUUUAUGAGGUCCGGAGAAUCCGGCGUUGCCAGCUGGCUUCAUCUCUCUCACUCAAGUCACUAAUGCAUGGAAGUGAUGUACUGAUUGCCUUGUGAGCUAACGAGUCACUUGAUGUCUUGAGAUUUCAAGACAAGAACAGAUUGUUUCUGAUAGAAAAAUGUUCAUCAUCAUCAUCAUUUUGAUAUUUUGCAUUUGUGCUCAAUUUCCAUCUGCUGCAUUGUGAAAACAGGGUGAAGAAAUUAUUUGCUAUGUUAAAACUGUUGGAUAAGUCAUACAUCUUUGUUCAGCUUCCUUGGAAAUCCUAGAUUCAAACGCUUUAGUAUUCAGGUGAUUAUUUUCUGAUGCCGUCUGAAACAUAUUGUGCCAUAAAUAAUCAUUUUGACGGCCUCUAUCAGCCAGAAGUGAGGUAGAAAAACAGAAAAGCAUUGAAUUCCUGUAAACUUCUUUGUUGUUCCUCUGGUACAAAGAAUCACAGACUGGCACAGAUAGUUAACAUGUGAGCAGUUCACUGAUGAAGUACAAGAUAAUCCUUGCUGCCAUUUUGAGCUGCCGCCAAGUAAAUUUUCCUUCUCCUGCUUCAAUAAUAAAAACAUGUCAUCAUGAGUUUUGCUUGAAGCAAUUUUCAAAAUUGAGAUUCAUUAAAGGCAUAAAAAAGUCAAACAUUAAGUGUAAUUAUUGUUCAAAGGGGAGAACUAACCUGGCAGGUACAACAAGCAAGUCAAGUCUGUUUAAAGAGCACAUGAUGGUGUCACAUGCUCAUACGAUACAAUGGAAACGGUUGGGCCACCAGCCAAGGCUCUACUGAUGAAUGUAAAUAAAUACCGGCUGUCUAUCAGAUGUCAUCUUCUUAUCUUUUGUUCACAUUAUGCCUCUGCUCGUGAAUGUUAAACAAGAACUUUGUGCAACUCUGAGACACGAUUCUCAGAUGAGGGCUAUUUAAACACUCUCACAGCGCUUCUUUGUCAGUGCUCUUUAUUUCUCCUUUCAUCCCAUGUUUAAUUGAAGAAUGCUGUACAUUUUACAACCUUAUGUCAUUUUUUUACAUACCUUCAUAGGCAGUCUUACGUAACAUGAGGUGAGAUGAGGUGAAAAGAAGAAUAUCUACCUACCCAUCAAAGUGUCCUUUUGGUACUUUAUGUCUUUGUCCUCUACUUGACUUCUAUCCAUUCAACAUGCAAUGCACUUUUGAUUCAUUUUGUAGCAGUGUCCUCGUGUAUGCCGUGGUGUAAUGUUGUAAUUCUAUUAAAGGAUAUGAACAUAUUUUUUCAAUAUGUGUUGGGCUUUUGUGGCUGCAUGAUUUUCUUAUUAAAUAUUUAUACUACUACUUUCACUAUUAUACUAAUUAAUGACUGACGCAAGAGGAGUGUACAGUGUUUUACAAGUAUGAACUCUGGUUUGACUGAGCCAAACUGAGUAUUGGGGGCUUUACUGUCACGCUCCACAGUGAAUUGUGAAUUAGUGAUUAUAUUUGGCUUUAAUUUUUAUUUUCACAGUUUGUGUAACAAAGAAACACAUGAAAGACAUGAAAUAUACUGAAUGUGGAUAGUAUUACAGCAUUUUACACCCUGGUCCUGUUUUCCCGUGUUGAAAUUGUCUGACAUAUGAGAAUCUUUAAAUUAGAAUGAUGUGACUGUUUUUCACUGGUGAAUGUUUUGAGAACUGGAUGUUCUUAAAUGCUGCUGGCCAUUUCAGAGCAUGUGUUUUAUGGGCUGCUAUUGUUUGUUGACCUUGU